UAUUCAACUAAUACAGAAGCUACCUUCAAAUUCAAUUCAAGCAUUUCUAAUUCUUUUCUUCUUUUCAUAAACACAUUUUUUUAAAUAUAUCAAACAGGGGAAAAUUGAUACACACAUGUCUCAAUUAAAGAAUAUGUCAAUUCUUUUAGUAAUAGCUUUUGCUUCAACAAUACUACAAAACACAGAAGCUGUAGAUCAUUUGGUUGGAGGCUCCCCCGGUUGGUUUGCUACACCACCGGGUGGCGCUAAGUUUUACUCUGACUGGGCCUCCAAUACCACAUUCAAAGUAAACGAUGUAUUAGUUUUCAACUUUGCCACGGGAGCCCAUACUGUUGCCGAAAUUAGCAAGGCGGACUUUGACAAUUGCAACGUCAAUCAAAAUACUCAAGCCAUAACAACAUCGCCCGCAAGAGUCACCCUUAACAAAACUGGGGAUUUCUAUUUUACAUGUACUAUCCAAGGCCAUUGUGACAAUGGUCAAAAGCUAAGCGUUAAGGUCUCCGCUUCUUCAUCACCUGCUCCAGCUCAAGGUCCUUCUCCUCCUUCUCCUACUCCUCCUUCAGCUACUCCUCCUUCAUCAGGAACCACUCCUACUCCUCCUUCUCCUACUCCACCUGUCAACGGAGAUUCACCAUCCCCGUCAUCUCCAGCUCAGCCAGGCGCGACUCCCCCAUCACCGGGCUCAGCCAUUUCUCUCGUUGCCACUUUCUCGAUUCUCAUUGCUGUUGUCAUAAAUUUAUUGUUUUAGACUUCAGCUUUUAUGCAAGUGUUGCUAUUGUGGUAUAGUUAUUUUCAGUUACAUGGUUUCAUCAAUUUCUAGUUUGAUGUUCUUUACUUUAUUAUUUGAUAUACAUAUUGAGUGGCUUCAUUGCUAUUCUUAGUUUUGUAUUCAUAAAUUUGUUUCAUUCCUAGAGACUUGAUUUUUUUUGUUUUUGUUUGAAUAUGAAUUAAUAAAAUAUUGUCCCAGGGUACAAUAUAUGUUUCAGUUAUA